AUGAUAUUAUCAACAUCACAAAAAAUACUAUGUGCAAAAUGUGGUAAAGCAUCUGGAUGUUUUACAUGUCGAGGAUGUCAAAACGAUUUUUGUAAUCGACAUGUUGUCGAACAUCAACAAGAAAUAAGAAAACAAUUGAAUGAUUUAACUGUUGAUCAUGAUCAUUUUCGACAAAGUCUAACUGAACAAACACAACAACCACAAUAUUAUUCUUAUAUAAAACAGAUCGAUGAAUGGGAGCAAGAGUCUAUUAAUAAAAUUCAUCAUGCGGCUAAUGAUGCUCGACAACACAUACAAAAUCUGAUUAAUCAACAUAUAGCUGAAUUGAAUGAAGAUUUAAGUAAAAUUACAUUAGAAUUACAUAAAGCUCGUGAAGAUAAUGAUUUUUAUGAAAUACAUUUAAAACAUUGGAUGGAAAAGCUUAAUAAAUUGAAAAAUGAUUUUGCUCAAGCAGCAAAUAUCAGCAUUAGACAAGAAAAAAGUAAUAUUAUUUCAUUUAUGCCGAACAUUUUGCUAUCAAAGUCGUCAAAAGAAAUCUUUGAACAAUCAAUUGGCAAUAUUAGAAUUGAAGAUAAUGGUCAAGUUAUUGUCAAAGACCAAUUUAAUGGCGAUGCAACUGUACGUGGCAAUGGUGAAUAUGUUUUAGGAAAACAUCGAUUUCGAUUUAAGAUUGAGGUAAAUGGUACGAACAAGUGGUUAUUUAUUGGAGUUGCAUGCAAAAAUGUGCCUAUACGAGAGGUAUCCUAUUGCAACAAAUCUAGCUAUGGUUGGUGUGGAGGUGAUCGAGUCUUGAUCAAUGGGAUUUACCACUCUGGAUUUAAUGGCUACAAUGGUGAUAUACAAACUAAUGAUAUAGUAGAAUUAUUAAUUGAUUGUGAUCAACGAAUCAUACAGUUAACCAAUGAACGAACACAUAGUAUAUAUACACUUGAAGUUGAUACGAAUAAAUGUCAAUUUCCAUGGCAAGUUAAUUUCAAUCUUUAUUUUGCCAAGGAUCGUGUUACUAUUCUUCAAGUUUAA